GUUCUGCUGGGGUGCGGCGCUUCCUGCUAGAUCUCGGCUCCUGGCGGCGUCGCAGCCGCUAGCCAGUCCGCUCUUGUUCCGCACCCCGGCGGGUUCCUCCGCGCCGCACGUGGGCGCGCCUGCCAAGAAGGGCCACGGCCGCCGCUUUUAGAUCCUUUCUCUGCUGCUAGAAUGUAAAAUGGAUCCAGAAGAGCAGGAACUAUUGAAUGACUGCAGAUACAGAAAUUACUCUUCUGUGAUUGAAAAGGCUUUAAGAAAUUUUGAGUCGUCAAGUGAAUGGGCGGAUCUCAUCUCUUCCCUAGGGAAGCUUAACAAGGCUCUUCAGAGUAACCUGAAGUAUUCCUUGUUGCCAAGACGGCUCAUUAUCAGCAAGCGAUUAGCUCAAUGCUUGCACCCGGCUUUGCCCAGCGGUGUGCACUUAAAAGCCCUAGAAACCUACGAGAUUAUCUUCAAAAUUGUUGGGACCAAAUGGCUGGCCAAGGAUUUGUUUCUAUACAGCUGUGGGCUGUUUCCUCUCCUGGCAAACGCGGCGAUGUCAGUGAGGCCUGUGCUCCUCGGCCUGUAUGAGAAGUACUUUCUCCCGCUGCAGAAGCUGCUCCUGCCCGGCCUCCAGGCCUUCAUCAUCGGCCUGCUGCCGGGCCUCGAGGAGGGCUCGGAGAUCUAUGACAGAACAGAUGCUUUGCUGCUGAGGCUAUCUGUGGUGGUCGGCAGGGAGGUGUUCUAUGCUGCCCUCUGGGGGAGUGUCCUGGUGAGCCCGGCCGUGCGCCUCCCAGCCUCGCUCUUUGUCGUGGGCCACAUCAACCACCAGGCGCCUGGCAAGGAGCAGAAGUUCAUGCUGGGGACGGAUUACCAGCUUACGGUAAAGUCUUUAUGUGCAUCACUGUUGGACCCAAAUGUUCUAGUGCAAAGAAAUAAUCUGGAAAUUGUCUUGUUCUUCUUCCCACUUUAUACCUGUCUGGAUCCUGAUGAGAGAGCCAUCCCUCUGCUUAGAUCUGACAUCGUACAUAUUCUCUCAGCAGCCACCCAGACCCUCCUGAGAAGAGAAAUGUCUCUAAACAGAAGACUCUAUGCCUGGUUACUAGGUUCAGAUAUUAAAGGAAACACUAUUGUGCCAGAAUCUGACAUCUCAAAUUCUUACGAAGACCAGUCCUCUUAUUUUUUCGAAAAGUACUCCAAGGAUCUUUUAGUUGAGGGCCUGAUUGAAAUAUUGCACCAGAACUUCUCAGGUGUUGAUGUGGAGGAACGUCAUCAUGCAUACCUGAAACCUUUCCGCAUCCUCAUCAGCCUGCUUGACAAGCAGGAAAUAGGGCCACAAGUGGUUGGGAAUUUAUUUCUGGAAGUGAUCAGGGCCUUUUAUUCUUACUGCAGAGAUGCUCUUGGCUCUGAUCUUCAACUGAGCUACACUCAGAGUGGAAACUCACUGAUAAGUUCAAUAAAAGAAAAUAGAAAUGCCUCUGAGAUUGUUAAGACGGUGAACUUGCUCAUCACUUCCCUCAGCACAGACUUUCUGUGGGAUUAUAUGAUGAGGUGUUUUGAGGAUUGCUUUAAGCCAGCGAAGACAGAGAAGCAGAAUUACUCUGGUGGGAAAAGCCUCAGCACACCCCCCACCGUCUCGGAGCUCUGCACCCUCCUUGUGUUCCUGCUAGACGUUAUUCCCUUGGAGCUCUACUCCGAGGUGCAAACCCAGUAUCUCCCACAGGUGCUCAGCUGCAUGGUGCAGUGCCUGGCUGAGAACAUGGAGUCUCUGAGCUUACCCGAGCUCACGCAGGCCUUAAAGACAUGCUUUAAAGUGCUCAGCAGAGUCCAGAUGCCCCCCUCCUACCUGGACACAGAGCCAGUGAGCAAGAGCGUGAGUCCGGUGAAAGACAACAACGGGGAGAUCAUUUUAGAAACAAAGGCUGUGAUUCCGGGCAAUGAAGAUGCUCCAUUUCCUCCCCUGAAAUCUGAAGACAGUGGGAUUGGGCUGAGCGCGUCAUCGCCAGAGCUCUCUGAGCAUUUGAGGGUCCCCAGGGUCUCCCCAGAAAGAGAUGACGUUUGGAAGAAGGGUGGGAGCAUGCAGCACACCUUCCAUUGCAUCCAAGAGCUCAUCACAAACUUUGCCAACAAGAACAUUUUUGGGGUCCCACUAACCACAUCUGGAGAAGAAGGCAAGUCAGAAGAGCCCGUAGGCAAGAGGGACAAGAGUGGGACACAGGAUGCCAUCGCUGAGGAUACCAGCAGGAAGAACUCAUGGGACACCAGGGCCAUCACUGUGCCCCAGUUCAAGCAGAUGCUUUCAGACUUGUUCACGGUUCGAGGGUCUCCAUUUAAGAUGAAAAGUUUGACAUCACCGUCAUCUUUGCCCAGUAGCCCUGGCAGGAAAAAAGAGGGAGACUGGGAUGUUGCCCAGGUGGUCAUUGACCUGGGGGGCUCACGGGAAGACUGCAGGGGGGCCUUCGCUGCCGCCUGCCACCUGCUGCUGGACUGCGCCACCUUCCCCGUCUACCUGUCCGAGGAGGAGAUGGAGCAGCUCUGCCAAAUGCUCUUCCAGCCUCCUGGAGAGUGUGACCCCAGCUUUCCGUCUUGGAUGAAGUCCCUUAUGACCACUGGCUGCUGUGUGGCCGACUGCUACCUGCAAAAUGUGGCCAUCUCCACGCUGCUGGAGGUGAUCAACCAUUCCCAGUCGCUGGCACUCGUCAUCCAAGACAAGAUGAAACGCUAUAAAAGCUCUGGACACAACCCAUUUUUCGGCAAGCUGCAGAUGGUUACAGUUCCUCCGAUUGCUCCAGGGAUAUUGAAAGUCAUUGCAGAGAAAACAGACUUCUACCAGAGGGUGGCCCGUGUGCUUUGGAAUCAGCUGACGAAGGACACCCGGGAGCACCACGUCACUUGCGUAGAGCUAUUCUACCGGCUGCACUGCCUGGCUCCGACGGCCAAUGUCUGUGAGGACAUCAUCUGCCACGCCCUCCUGGACCCCGACAAGGGGACACGGUUGGAAGCACUCUUUAGAUUUUCCGUGAUAUGGCACCUGACGAGAGAGAUCCAAGGCAGCCGGGUCACGUCUCACAAUCGCUCCUUCGAUAGAUCCUUGUUCGUCGUCCUGGACAGCCUGGCCUGCUCAGAUGGCGCCAUUGGUGCAGCGGCCCAGGGCUGGCUGGUGCGGGCACUCUCUCUUGGGGAUGUGGCACGCAUCCUUGAGCCCGUACUCCUGCUGCUGCUCCAGCCCAAGACCCAGAGGACCUCCAUCCACUGCCUCAAGCAGGAGAACUUGGCAGAAAACUUGCAUCGUUGGUUCAACAGGAAGAAAACCUCAUUCAAGGAAGCAUGCGGGCCACCUGAGCUUCCAGAAGGCGGCUCCGAGGAAAACCUGCCUCUGAGUCAGUUCACCACCAUGGACCGCGAAGCCAUCUGGGCCGAAGUGGAGAAGGAGCCAGAGAAGGGCCCAUCCCAGAGCGAGCUGAGUGAGGAGGACCUCCCCUGCGACACGGGCCUGCCAGACGGGCCCGCGCAGGGUAUCCCAGACAGCAGCGAGCACACUGAGUCCGCAGACACGAGCUCCGGGCACACGGACAGCGAGAACACAUCCUCCUUCUCGUCCCCGUCCCGCGACCCAUGGGAGCUGAGCAGCGACGACAACUGCUGCGCCCCCAUCCCUGUGGUCGGCAGAGCCUACGUCAAGCACCCGGCCCUGCUGACCACCGUGCAGUCGGAAAGCUUCAAGUCCAGUGCCAAAUUAAGUCUGGUGCGCGUGGACUCGGACAAGACCCAGGCCUCGGAGUCGCUGUCCAGCGAUGAGGAGGCCGACCUGGAGCUGCAGGCUCUCACCACGUCCCGGCUGCUGAAGCAGCAGCGGGAGCGGCAGGAGACCCUUGAGGCUUUGUUCAAGCACAUUCUGCUGUACCUGCAGCCCUAUGACUCCCGGCGGGUCCUCUAUGCCUUCUCAGUGCUGGAGGCCGUGCUCAAGACCAACCCCAAGGAGUUCAUCGAGGCCGUGUCCAAGACCAGCAUGGACACCAGCUCCACCGCGCACCUGAACCUCAUCUCCAACCUCCUCGCGCGCCACCAGGAGGCCCUUGUGGGCCAGAGUUUCUAUGGGAAACUGCAGACCCAGUCCCCCAACAUGUGCCCGCACUCCCUGCUGAUCGAGCUCCUCACCUACCUGUGCCUGAGCUUCCUGCGCUCCUACUACCCUUGCUACCUAAAGGUCUCCCACCGGGACAUCCUCGGCAACCGGGAUGUGCAGGUCAAAAGCGUUGAGGUUCUCAUCAGAGUGAUGACGCAGCUGGUCUCCAUGGCCAAGUCUUCAGAAGGGAAGAACGUGGAGUUCAUCCACAGCCUGCUGCAGAGGUGCAAAGUGCAGGAGUUUGUCUUGCUCUCCCUGUCCGCAUCCAUGUACACGAGCCAGAAGCGCUACAGCCUGGCUACCUCCGAGCGCGACAGGGCGCUGCAGAAGGACAGCCUCUUUGAGGAGAGCCUCAUCAACCUGGGCCAGGACCAGAUCUGGAGCGAGCACCCACUGCAGAUCGAGCUGCUCAAACUCCUGCAGGUGCUGAUUGUCUUGGAGCACCACCUGGGCCAGGCCCAAGAGGAGGUGGAGAGCCAGCCCGAGCUGUCCCGCGAGUGGCGGCGGACCCUCGGCUUCCAGCAGGCCAUCAGCGCCCUGCAGUACGUGCAGCCACACCCCCUCACCUCCCAGGGCCUGCUGGUCUCAGCCGUGGUGCGUGGUCUGCAGCCCACCUAUGGCUAUGGCAUGCACCCAGCCUGGGUCAGCUUGGUCACGCACUCUCUGCCGUACUUUGGGAGGUCCCUGGGAUGGACGGUGGCGCCCUUCGUGGUUCAGAUUUGCAAGAACUUGGAUGAGCUGGUCAAGCAGUAUGAAAGCGAAUCCGUGAAGCUCUCCAUCAGCAUGACCUCCAAGAGGGAAAACAUUUCUCCGGAUUAUCCGCUUACUCUAUUGGAAGGUCUCACAACCAUUGGUCACUUUUGCCUUUUGGAACAACCCAACCAAAGCAAAAAGACCACUGCGGUAAGUGAUACCACCAACCUGAGAAAUGCCAAGAACGCCAUUCUGGAAGAGCUGCCACGAAUUGUGAACACCAUGGCACUCCUCUGGAACGUGCUCAGAAAAGAAGAGACUCAAAAGAGACCCGUCGAUCUCCUCGGGGCCACAAAGGGGUCCUCUUCCGUUUACUUUAAAACCACAAAAACCAUAAGACAAAAAAUUUUAGACUUCUUGAAUCCCUUGGCAGCCCACCUUGGGGUUCAGCUCAUAGCAGCUGUUGCAGCAGUGUGGAGCAGGAAGAAAGUGAAACGUCACAGUAAAAUGAAGAUUGUUCCUGCAGCUAGUGCAUCCCAGCUCACUCUUGUUGACUUGGUUUGUGCUCUCAGCACCCUGAAGACCGACACAGUGUUACACCUGGUGAAGGAAGUGGUCAAGAAGCCACCGCAAAUUAAGGGGGACGAGAAAUCAUCCCUAGUGGAUAUUCCUGUGCUGCAGUUUAGCUACGCUUUUAUCCAAAGGCUCCCAUUACCAACCCUGCAAGAGAACUUCCCUUCAUUGUUGGGAGUACUAAAGGACUCUGUGCAGUUGAAUCUAGCUCCACCUGGAUAUUUCCUGCUCCUCAGCAUGCUGAAUGACUUUGUAACAAGAACUCCCAGCCUGGAAGGCAAGAAGUAUCAGAAAGACCUUCAGGAAGUCACUCAAAAAAUCCUAGAAGCAGUGGGGAAUAUUGCUGGCUCUUCCCUGGAACAAACUAGCUGGCUAAGCAGAAACCUGGAGGUGAAGGCCCAGCCUCAGAUCUCUCUAGAGGAAUCUGAUGCUGAGGAAGAUUUGUGUGCGGAAGCUGCUGCAGCUUCUUCGAUGGUGUCUGCAUCUGCCCCUUCGGUGUACAGCGUGCAAGCCCUCUCUCUCCUGGCAGAGGUUCUGGCGUCUCUCCUGGACAUGGUUUAUCGAAGUGAUGAGAAGGAGAAGGCUGUGCCCUUAAUCUCACGCUUGCUUUAUUAUGUUUUUCCUUACUUACGCAACCACAGUGCCUACAACGCUCCCAGCUUCCGUGCUGGAGCUCAGCUGCUGAGUGCUCUGAGUGGUUAUUCCUAUACAAAACGAGCCUGGAAGAAAGAAGUCCUGGAAUUGUUUUUGGACCCAGCUUUCUUUCAGAUGGAUACCUCUUGUGUUCAUUGGAGGUCCAUUAUCGACCAUCUUCUGGCUCAUGAGAGAACCAUGUUUAAAGAUUUAAUGAACAUGCAGAGCAGUUCUCUAAAGCUGUUCUCAAGUUUUGAACAGAAAGCCAUGCUGUUGAAGCGCCAGGCGUUCGCCAUCUUCAGUGGGGAAUUUGAUCAGUAUCACCCUUACCUUCCACUGAUACAAGAACGCCUGACAGACAAUCUCAGAGUUGGACAGACACCCAUAGUUGCUGCUCAGAUGUUUCUUUUUUUCAGAGUUUUGCUGCUAAGAAUAUCUCCUCAACAUUUGACUUCACUGUGGCCAAUAAUGAUCUCUGAAUUGAUUCAGACAUUCACACAGCUUGAAGAAUAUCUGAAAGAGGAAGAUGAAUCACUGAGAAACAGCAACAAAAUAAACAGAACAAAGGUUUCCAUCCCUGAUGCAAAUGGGCCCUCGAUGGGGGAGAUACCCCCAAGUGAACUUAUCUUGUAUUUAUCAGCUUGCAAAUUCUUGGACACAGCACUUUCCUUUCCACCCGAUAAAAUGCCGUUAUUUCAAAUUUAUAGGUGGGCGUUUGUUCCAGAAGUGGACACAGAGGGUCCUGCCCUCCUGUCAGAUCUGGAGGAGAAUCACCAAGAAUGCAAACCCCACACUGUUAGAAUUCUAGAACUUCUAAGAUUAAAAUAUGGGGAAAUCAGCAACUCUGAUGAGAUAACUGUGAAGAGUGAGUUUCCUCUCCUGCGCCAGCAUUCUGUUUCCAGCAUUAGGCAACUGAUGCCGUUCUUCAGGACUCUAAAUUGUGCUUUUAAAACCCAAAGUAAACUUCCUGCUGACCCCUCAGGACCUCCGUUGAUAGAAGAUCUUGUCACAGAUAGCCCAAGGAUCUUGCAACAACUAGAAGAAAGUGUUGAACAUGAUUUUUUGGAGCAUCUGGAAUGCUAACCUUGUAAGACAGAAUUUGUUUAAUUCAUUUAUUGAUACUUCAGUGAAAACCAGGAUGUAUUCUAAAAAAGAAAGGAGCCAAGAUAGUGCUUUUAACUGGGUCUAUUUCAAUUUUGAAAGUGAAUUUCAGAUAAUUUUCUGUUUGGCAACAAAAUGCACCUCUCUAAAUGCCUUGUAAUAUAUUGGGAUCUGAUUAUAUGUUCUUCCCCAAUUUAUGUAAUGAAAAUAAAAUUAAUAUAUCAUCUGACUGUAGCACAAAAUUUGUAAUAUGAAGUAAAGUGUGGAAAGAAUGAAGAAGUCAUCUUCGUUGUUGAAGUAAAUUAUACAUGGGUCUUUCUCAGUGUAUUUCUCUAAAAAUUUAAACUUUUGUUAAAAGAAUAUUUUUUCCAACCUUUCACACAUAUAUCCCUUAAAGCAUUUAUUUUGGUGCUGCAUUUUAAAAUAGGAAUAUGUUAUUUUCUGAAAAUAGUAAUUUCCAUCAUAAUAACACUGGCCAUUGAGCAGAGCUGAGCACUUGAAGAUAUCACAGUGUAUUUAAUUCUUGCCCAUUAAAAUCACAUUUGCACUGUUGCACUGUGUAAGAAGUACAUAGUUUUAAAAAAAACUUCUGAAACUGUAACCUCAGUGAUGCUCCACAAUGUGCUUUGCAAGCUCUUUCUGUUUAGUUUUGAUCAGUCAGUGUAGGCACGGAAACUAACGCCUGAAACUACUUUCAGGGAAACGCACUCAUUUGACUCAUCACUUCUCCUUUCUCCCUUCUGAGAUCUCUUUACCGCUUUGCCAGCAUCACUGUAGGCAAUUCUGUAGUGCGGCAGCCUCUCACCGCACUCUUCCCCCAGCCUCUUUGUCUUAUGCCACCACCCUGUGUAGAAUCCCGGCUCAGGGCCACUUCCCACUGUGGGAACUUUCACUCUCAGCCAGUGAGCAUGGUCCACCUUAGAGACCUGCCCAUCUCUUGUCCCCCUUUCA